AUGCUAUCCCAAGCCAUAUUGAGAAUGUUGAAGAGGGUUGCUGGACCCCAUUCUAGAUUCGGGGGCCGUGCGUCAGUAACUGAACGACUCCAAUUCAAUAAAGCUGAGUUGUUUACGGGUGUCACUAGAGUCGUCCCUACUGUACUCGAGUAUUGGUUGGAGGCCACCGAGAGGAUCAUGAAUGAUAUUGACUGUACACCUGAGCAGAAACUUCAGGGUACAGUCUCUUUGCUUCGCGACGAGGCAUAUCAGUGGUGGUUAUCGAUUGAGAAGGGUACUCAGUCAGAUUGUCUGAACUGGGACUUCUUUAAGACUGCCUCUCAGGGGAAGUAUGUUGGGGCGAGCUAUGUAAAUGCUCGUAGGUGUGAGUUCAUGAAUCUUACCCAAGGUGAUAGAUUUGUGGCCGAGUAUGAGGCUGAGUUUGUGAGGUUGAGCCGCUACACUCGAGGCAUUAUGGCAUCUGAGUACAAGAAAUGUGUCUGCUUUAAGGAUGGUCUGAAGGAUAAUUUGAGGGUACUGAUCGCCAAGAAAGUUAAGCGUAUGGAGUGCCAAAAUUGA